AUGAAAAGAACCACGUUGGCUUUUGUUGCGCACUUGGUGCGCUAUGUCUCCGGUUUUGAUCCUUUGCCUCGGUGUGUGUCGCUCAUUCUCGUCGGGGGACCUGCUAAACGAUACGCCUCCAGGUGGGGACAGUCGCAAAUGCUCGUCGACGAAGCUAUCUUCGUAUAUGGAGGGAAGACCGACGAAUUCAACUCGUUUGGCUACACUGGCGCACCGUCAACGAACGAGCUACUCAUCCUACCACUCUCUUCGCCAUUCUCUGCAGCGGCACCACCUUGGACGCUACUGGCCUCGUCGAACAACGAAUCAACGUCACAGGGCCCCCACAUCGCUUGGUCUACCCUUUCCCCGGUCAACACCUCCAUGGCUCUGCUCCUUGGAGGAAUUGCCGAUCCCAACUCGGACAUCUCGAUUCAAACUCGCGCAGACUCGGCCAUUCUAAUCGACGUAUUCAAUCAACUGGCACCGACCAUCAUCGCCCAUCCCGACGCAGGGUACGCGAACGAACCGGUGCGGAGGAUGCAGCACGCCGCAUGCACUGCGCCUGACGGACGCGUCUUCAUCAUCGGGGGCGUGAGGGCCGAUGGAUCUGGGAACGCGCUCUCUCAGCAUCUCAUCUUCGACUCGUCGCUUUCAUUCACUUUGCUAGGAUCUGACGGGGGACCGCCUGCUAUCUACGGACACAGCUGUAUCAUGCUUCCAAACGGCCAUCUGCUUGUACUUGGGGGUCUGUCACCUAUCUCUGGGGGCCUCGUUCCUUUCGACACCAUCUGGGCGCUCGAUACUUUGCGCGUUGAUCCGGAGUGGUUCCAGCUCAACAUCAGCACGAACGCACUUCCUGUGCCUCGACGCAACUUUGCUACGGCUCUACUUGUCGACGGCCGAAUACUGAUACACGGUGGGCAAGAUGCCUCGGCGCAGGCAGUGUACAGCGACGGGUGGAUACUAGAUUUGAGUGGAGAUGGGGUGUGGGAAGAAGUGGAAGUGCUGAGCCAACUGGGCGCGCGGAGAGACCACUUUGCCGUGGUAAGUGGCAAUGAAGUGAUAUUUGGAUUUGGUUACUCUUCUUCUGCGCCCGCUCCUGCUCCGCUGCAAAUCUACGAUUCUUUGUCGAACGCAUUCGUUGCUUCUCAUACCCCUCUGCCGUCACCUCCCUCCCCAACGAUACCAGGUCCCGUCCAGACGUCCAAACCCGCACAAACGAACACCAAUACCAGUGUCCGUCCCACGCGUACCUCUAGCCACGGUGGAGAUGAUGAUGAUGAUGGUAACGGCAGCGGUGGAGAUGGUGGUGGCCACGGAGGCAAUGAUAACGGAAACGGCAGUGAGAAUGACGGCAGCAGAAGCAGCAGUGUGACGGCCAUCGCAGUGGGGAGUGCCCUCGGUGCCCUUGGCGUUUUCCUCAUCAUAGGCGGUGUGAUCUGGUACUACCGCAGACAAUCAAGGGAGGAGUAUCGCAAGGGUCUGUUCGCGCCGCUGGACGACGGGGAAGAUGGGUUCGGCGGCUCACCCGGUUCAGGUGUUGGUGUUGGGAUUGUGAGUGCUGCCGCCGUAGGCACAGCUGCAGGUCUCCCCUCGGAAAAGGGCGGUCCGUUUAUGGAGCACCCCGUCACGUCAAUCAACGAUCUAGGUAACGCUUCCACAAGGAACCACAUCUACAGCAAUAUCAGCAACGCGUCUUUUGCUACUCCCUUCACACCUUCGCCGGCUUCGUCCCGGUUCUCUGUGAACCAAGGCAGUGAUGGGGUCGUUGGGGCGGUUGGCCGCGGCGUUGGUACGGUGACAUCGGUUGUCGGCGCGGGUGUUGCGUCGCUCGCCGGUCUCUUGGGACUGUCGUCUGCCCACCAAAGAGCGCAUUACGCGCGCGGGGACACGAGGCCUCCGCCGAGUGCUGUGCGCAUGCUGCCAGAGCGACGGGACAUGCUUUCCGACGAAGAUACGCGCGAGUUCGCAUACCCCAAUCCCAGUCACCGGCGAUGGAGGAGCGGCGCCAGCAGCGAGAGGAGGCGUGCUUGGUUUGACUAUGAGCGGAGGAGGGCGGAUGGGAGUGCAGGGAGUGCAUGGAGUUUGCUGAGCAUCUUCGGCGCCGGUGCGCGGAGCCGUGAACCUAGCCAUGGCGGUUCUAGUUUGGUGAGCAGCCGGGUAGCCACGCCGUGGAACGAGAAAGGCGAUCCAUUCGACGGUGAAUGGAGGAGUGGAAGUGGAAGUGGGUACGGGGAAGAGGGAUAUGUUUCUGUGUUCACUGACAACGCUGCGAGCGGGGGGUCGAGGCCAGGAAUGAGGCGCGAGUAUAGCCAUUCCAGUGCGCCGAGCAGGAAGAGUAGUCUGCGAUAUGUCGACCCAUUCGCGGAUCCAGCACCGCGGGAGCCAGACAAGAACAGGGAUUUGGGCGGGAUAACACUCAGUGGGGGUGUUGCUGUUCUCGGUGCUCAUGCGUUAUCCGGGCCCAAUAAGCAACAAGCUAAAGAUGGCCAUGCGCCUGAGAAUGGCGGCGAGCUCGGCGCGCCCGAUCUUCAAUUACCCUCGAUCCGGACCGUUCUCCCUUCUUCCCAGAUGUAUACUCAAACGCUCAGCACGCUCAGCGAGCAAUCCUCUCACCCAUCUCUUCAGUCGCCUACCCAGCAUGCACUCGAACGUACAAACUCGCCGUCGGCAUCCCAGUCAGCAUCCCACCUAAGCGACAGCGCCCAGCUUUCUAGAUCUCGCGCAGAUAGUUCCGCAUCAUCAAAUCAGCUGCUCUCUUCAUUUGAUCGACCGUCAUCUUCUCAUACAUCAUUCGGCGCUCACCAAGCUGUUCAGCAGCAGUCCUCGCCCUCGGAUACUCCGUCGACUGCAAAAUCGCAGCAAACAUCGUACUUCGGUGCGAGGCCGUCAUCCAUCCUUGAUCCGCCUACUAGUCCGACUAUGUCGACUACGCUAAUAUCGUCGGCGCCUACGCAACCGCUUCGCCGAAGCGACACAUGGUGGGGAAGGUUUGCUCGCACAAGGUUCCUAGACCGCGGGAGCAGCGAUGCCUCGAGGAGGGGGCCCUCCAGUGGACUGGUUGAUAUCAGAGAUCCGAACCCCCCGCCGAGGCUCAAUCCCAUCGAAGAGAAUCAGCACUCAGGUAGUGCGACUAGCGGCGGGGCCGCCGGGGCACACGAGAAGGCUGAGACGCACGUUCAGGGAAUACACAAUGGGAAGAGCACGACGUCCUUGCAAACGACGCGGACGAUGGACUCGGAAGCGCUCGAACGAUUGGGAGGCACGAUGCAAGUUGUACAACGCAUCCGUGAUGCCAGCGGAAGUGCCGACAGUGGUAACACAUCAUUCAGACGACUCUCCCGCGUCGAUACACUGUCGAGUAAUGAUAGCGGCUACGACGCCGACGUUGCAGUCUUAGCGGGCAUGUUUACGAACCGGUCACCGGAGGAAAAAUUGGAGGACGUGAUGACCCCCCUGGCGACAUCACCAAUGCAAUCCCCCAAUUCCCCUGGUGCCCAUUCAUCCCCCACUAAGACUCCCUCCACUCCCAGCUCACGGCCGCCGCCACCAAGGCUAGCACCAGGUGGGAAAGUUGCAUCACGCGUAGCAGCCUACGAACGCCGAAUGUCUCAAGACGUUGACAGCCCGAUAGCUUCUCCUGUAGGCGUGAAGGAAGACAAGACACGACGCAAACACGUUGACUACGGGCUUGCCCCUCGCCCGAGUUUGUUCGUGACAAACCCAGAUUCCCGGAAGGGCUCGACAAGCGACUCGUAG